AUGGUUUCUGGAGACAUGCAUCUCUGGACCGAGGCACUCCACGAUACGUACGGGGAGGUGGUUCGUUAUUCUCCCAAUCACCUUAGUUUCGCUACUCCGGACGCCUGGAAGGACAUAUACAACUAUCGGACCGGCGUCCCACAUUUCACAAAGGACAAGAUGAAUUAUUUCACUCCCCCAAGCGGCGUGGACAGCCUCCACUCGACCGACGACGACGCGGUCCACAUCCGCCAACGGCGACUACUCUCACACGCAUUCUCUGACACAGCACUACGGGCCCAAGAGCACAUGAUCCAGAAGUACGUCAAUUUGCUUCUUGACAAGUUGUACGAAAGGUGCCGGGGACCCGAACAGGGGAAAACAGACAUUGUCCGCCUGCUCAAUUGGACCACCUUUGACCUUAUCGGGGACUUGACCUUUGGCGAAUCGUUCCACUGUCUCGAGGACAACGCCUAUCACCCUUGGAUUGCCUUAGUUUUUGACUACAUGGUGGCAGCCGUGUUCAUGGUCGCGUCGAAACAGUUCCCCUUGUUUGAUCGCAUCCUGCAAAAAAUGAUCCCCAAGCGCCUAACCCAGCGGAUGCGAGACCAUGCCCGGAUGAGUGCCGAGCGCAUGGGUCGUCGACUGGCCACCAAAACCGACCGACCGGAUUUCGUGACUUACCUGGUGGGCCGGACCGAUGAUCCUGAGAGCAUCAAUGUGGAGGAAAUGCACUCCAAUUCUACCUUGAUCAUUUUGGGUGGCAGUGAGACGGCCGCCACCGCCCUCUCGGGAGCCCUCUAUUAUAUGUCCAAGAACCGACAGACGUUCGAUCGCCUGGUGAAGGAGGUCCGAUCCUCCAUCACGAAGGAAGAAGAUUUGAAUAUCCUCAAAACCUCUCAUCUGACCUAUCUCACUGCAUGCUUGGAAGAAACAAUGCGGAUCUAUCCUCCGGUGGCGGGCUAUCUGCCUCGGCGGGCUCCAAAGGAAGGCUGCAAGGUCGCAGGCUACUGGGUACCACCCUAUACUCAAGUAUCCAUCACUCCGUACGCCAUAAAUCAUUUCCAGGAGAACUUCAAAGACCCCAAAAGCUUUGUGCCUGAGCGCUGGCUGAGUGAAGGGUCGGCCAUGUAUAGCUGGGACAGGAAACAAGCAUCCCAGCCGUUUUCGGUCGGACCCCGGAACUGUAUCGGCAAAAACCUCGCCUGGGCAGAAAUGCGCCUCAUACUCUCCAAACUUCUCUGGCACUUUGAUAUUGAGGUGUGCGAGGAGAGCAAGGAUUGGGGGAAUCAAAAAACAUAUUUGCUCUGGCAGAAGCCUGCUUUGGUGCUGCAACUGAAACCAGUGGUAGACCGAUAA